AUGCAUAAAAUUUUUACAUGGCUGUUGUGCCUGGCCCUGUUUGGAGGCUUUUUGUGCAGUGCCAGGUUGGUGCGAAUUCGUCGCAUUCGUCGCCUGGUCGGUGGCAGUGAACGGGAUGCCCAAAUCACGGAUUACCGAGUGUCACCUCUGGACGAGGAAGGUGUCUUUAAAUAUGCCUUCAAGACCAGCAACGGCAUUGAUGUGCAGGCCGCAGGCACAGCAUUGGAAACCAUUGGCAUUUUCAAGUAUACCUCGCCUGAAGGCAUACCCAUUGAAACGCGCUAUAUAGCCGAUGAGUUGGGCUUCCAUGUUGUGGGCAGACACUUGCCCCAGCCUCCCCCUAUUCCGGAUUAUAUUCUGCGUGCUCAGGAAUACAUACGCACCCAUACAGAGGACGGCAAACUAAGGCCGAAUGUGCUAUAA